CCGGGCCGCGAGAGGGGAAGGCCCUGGGCCAGAACGCUGAGAAACGGUUUGCUCUUAUCUCGUUGUGUUGCCUCCCAUUAUGCUGGAGUCCCCAAACGCCAAGUGGGGCCUCGGUGCCUGCUGGAGAGGCAGGGAAUGGGUGCUGGAAGGGCGUUUGGAUAUCAGUGAAGCCACUUUGGAAGAAUGGGAAUUUGAGGCUCGCUUUCCCAUUCCCUCGCAGGCACUCCCGGGUGACAAUGAAGAACAAGAAAAAUUACUUAAGAAAAGCUGUACGUUAUAUGUUGGAAAUCUUUCUUUUUACACAACUGAAGAACAAAUCUAUGAACUCUUCAGCAAAAGUGGUGACAUAAAGAAAAUCAUUAUGGGUCUGGAUAAAAUGAAGAAAACAGCAUGUGGAUUCUGUUUUGUGGAAUAUUACUCACGAGCAGAUGCAGAAAAUGCCAUGCGGUAUAUAAAUGGAACUCGUCUAGAUGACCGAAUCAUUCGCACAGACUGGGACGCAGGCUUUAAGGAGGGCAGGCAGUACGGCCGUGGGCGAUCUGGGGGUCAGGUACGGGAUGAGUAUCGGCAAGACUAUGAUGCUGGGAGAGGAGGCUAUGGAAAACUGGCACAGAACCAGUGAGUGGUGAGAGCUCCAUCAGUGAAAAACACUCCUUUGGCCUGUUUAAUUUGUUGAAGAACAUCACUUAAAGUCUGCAUACAAGCCCAUUUUUACCAAGCUUUGAUCAGUGUCUUUACUGGGCUGAAAGCCUCUUCUUGAUUUUCCUCUGAAAGUUAUGAAAGGACAGAAUCCAAACGAAUGCCUUUUAUUCUUGUCUGAGAAUCUUGGCCAUGUGUCGGAUUAUCAGAACAAUUUCGUUACCAGGUCAGAAACUGUGUUCUUUGACAACGAUUGGAUCUAUAAUGUUGAUGAGUCUUGAGCCAAAACCAUUAUACUUCUUUUAGGAAGACUAGAACAAUUUAAAACAUUUGUUUUUACCAUAUUGAGUGUUAAGUAGGUUCAUGAUCUACAUCGGAGCCUGGAAUUAUUUUUUAAAUUUUAAGUUUACAUGAGAUAAUGCCUAAUAAAUGGAGGUGGGGCCAGGCAUGGUGGCUCACACCUGUAAUCCCAACACUUUAGGAGGCUGAAAGGAAGGAUAGCUGAGGCCAGGAGUUUGAGACCAGACUUGGCAACACAGCAAGAUACCCUUCUCUACAAACAAAGCAAAACAUAAAACAACAAAUGGAGUGUGCUGCGUUGUAUGGCUUUGCACUAAAUUAGGAACAGGUAUUUGACAAUUGAAUUUGUUUUCGAUGAAUGUUAAUCUCUAAAGGCAAGCUUAGAGAUCAAAGACCUUCCUAAAUAGUUGUGCAAAAGCAAUCUACACAGGACAGCCCUGCUUCCAUGCUUUACACAUCAGGAAAUGAGGCCAGAACUUGAGUAUUUACUGACACAUUUUUCCAAAGAUGUCAAUGUUAUACCUAAAGCUAAAAAGCAAGGGUUUGUCAUAGAACCUCUAAAUAAUUUCAGGGUUAGGGGAGACACUGACAGUAGGAAAUGGGAUAAAAUAUCAAAUGACAGUAAAAACACUGCAUUGACAUGAGGACCAUCAAAGUUACUCUUCAUUUUCAGUGAUGUUAGGAAUGAAGUGGGUUUAAAAAAGGAUGUUGAAGUUAGAAUGUUUAAUAGAAACAAUCACAGAAGGUUCCUGUAGGAGAUGCUGCUUUUAGCCAUUUCUCAUGGUGAAGUCUGUUUUAUUUUUUUCCUCAAAUUGUACUUAUUGAGGCUUAAGCCUUCACAGUGAGCUGAUGGUCUCUACAGAGAAGGGGAGUCUAGGGAAUUUAUUUUGUAUUUGUAAGGCAAGAGGUGAUUUUUCUCUAAUACAUGUGAGUUAUUGUUCAUUUAAAACUGUUAGUAUAGUAUAAUUUUCCCCGAUAUGAAAAAAUGUGAAUUUUUUUCACUUAGCAAUGAAGUACUUUCUAACUUCCGAUAGUUUGUGAAACUUGGGGCUGAAGUACCUUAGUGUGAACAUCUCUCAUUGAACAGUGAGUGUAGAAAUCUGAAAGUGCUUAGGAAGAAACUUUGCAAACAUUUAAUGAGGAUACACUGUUCAUUUUUAAAAUUUGUCUAUACUGUAGUUUAAGCUAAUGUAUUUUAUAUUCUUUUGUAGUAAAACUUAACUCAUAUUUCUACAGGAGACUGCUUUUCUUUGAAUUGCCUUCUAUAUAACAGGUUUCAGUAAAGUUGGAAGA